UAUGAUUUCAUAUCAUUUCCUCUGCAGAAUAAUUGCAACUGCUCAAAGCAUUCCACCUGCAGGUACAAUUUUGCACAAGAAACCCAUCGAUGUGAGUGCAAACCUGGAUUCACAGGGCAUUCGUGUGAAAAUAAUAUCGAUGAGUGUGCAUCAAAUCCUUGUCAAAAUGGAGGAUCAUGUCAAGAACAAGUCAACUCGUACAACUGUGCCUGUGCUGCAGGAUUUACUGGGGUCAAUUGCGAAACAGACAUCGAUGAUUGUGCUUCUAAUCCUUGUCAAAAUGGAGGAUCAUGUCAUGACCGAGUCAACUCAUACAACUGUAUAUGUGCUGCAGGAUUUACUGGGGCCCACUGUCAGACAGAUAUUGAUGACUGCGUUGGAUUUCCGUGUUUGCACGGAGGCGUUUGUCAUGACUACAUCAAUUCAUACGACUGUAUUUGUGUUGUUGGAUAUGAAGGACCAAAUUGCCAGACGAAUAUCGAUGAGUGUGCUUCUAAUCCUUGUCAAAAUGGAGGAGUAUGUCAAGACCGAGUCAACUCAUACAACUGUACAUGUGCUGCAGGAUUUACUGGAGUCAACUGUCAGACAGAUAUCGAUGAAUGUGCUUCUAAUCCUUGUCAAAAUGGAGGAUCAUGUCAAGAYCAAGUCAACUCAUACAACUGUACAUGUGCUGCAGGAUUUACUGGGGUUAACUGUCAGACAGAUAUCGAUGAUUGUACUUCUAAUCCUUGUCAAAAUGGAGGAUCAUGUCAAGACCACGUCAACGCAUACAACUGUACAUGUGCUGCAGGAUUUACUGGGGUCAACUGUCAGACAGAUAUCGAUGAUUGUGCUUCUAAUCCUUGUCAAAAUGGAGGAUCAUGUCAAGACCACGUCAACUCAUACAACUGUAAAUGUGCUCCAGGAUUUACUGGGGCUGACUGUCAGACAGAAUGGCUCGACACGUCCCCCAUAAAAGUCUGCAUAGGAGCAAAAGAUGAUAACUUUGCAAAAGUGAUCGUACCGUUAGAAGGUUACGUCAAAGCAAUGAAAUUAGUUUAUGAUUCUGGAGAUGGUCUGUCCUACGCGGGAGAUACAAAAAAAGGCUACUGGGGUGGAACUCAUUUAGGACCAUCAACCCUUCAAAUCUUCAUCACUUAUGUCAACAAUAGUAUACUGGUUCCUCAAAAUGUGCACAUUAAUGAAGUAAUGAUGAGUUAUACUUUUCCUGGUGUCACCAACAUGGAUCCCGUUCUUGAAUUUCCUUACUUUGUGCCACCGUUCUUUGUCCAAAAGAAUCAGAGUUUAAGGGCCUGGUUUGGACCAGAUCUUAAAAAUUCCAUGGAAUGGGACAACUAUGGAACGACAUGUUUUGAAAUAAAGAUAAUGUAUCUGUAGAGACGUAACUAAGGAACUGGUCCCGCGUAAGACUGAACUUCUGCAUGACACAUGCACAGUUGCCGAAUUUGUGCCAAAGUAAAAAUGUUUCUGUAAACGCUCAAGUAAUAAUGAUAAUAAUCUUUAUUUAACACAGAAUUCAGAAAGUUGAAGAAACUUAUUUACACUGAAGCUCUGUGGAUAAAAUGAAACGUAGUAAAUGCAUUGAUAAAAAUAAAAUAUAAUGUAAAAUAUAUGAUAACAAUAGAAAUAUAUAGCUAAAAUUGAGAUCUAUAAAAAUAUACGAGAUAAUAAAAGGGAAUAUGUACACUAAGUUAAGGUUAAGGCCAAAAUAUUUAACUGAAUUCUUGACUUGUAAAGCUGUUCCUGAUAGUGUCGAUAUGUUCAUUUUGAUAGAUCUUGACAGCCUCUGCCUUGCUCCAAAUAACAUCAUCGUUAGUAUUCGAACAGUUAACUACCAAACGAUUCUCAUUAAACCAGUUAUUAGGCUAUGUUAAUCUUGUUUUUCUCAAAUUGCUUCCGCCUCGAAUAGUUUUUUAUGCUGACUGCGAUAAAGCAAUUAUAAUAGUAACAUUAUUAUUGAAAUGAGAAUAAAGUUGUUGUUGUUAUUCAGAGUAUUGACAGUCAAGUUGUAGUGGCACGUUGGAUCGUCUUGGCAUCUUUAUGAGCAAAGAACAAGGCGGUGUAUAAGACGACCUUACUCUGCAAUAUGCAGCUUGGAAGGUCAUUAAUAAAAAGAAUGAAGAGAAGUGGGCAAAGUAAGGACCUCUGACUUUUAACCCACUCUCCUCUUACCUUAAGAAUUUUAGUGUCCUACCCCAGAAUAGCUGAAGAUAAAUCUCUAUUAGAUAUAUUGAUAGGCCGGCCUUUUUAAGUGGCCUCCAAGCGUUGGUUGACAAAUUACUGAAAUUGUUACUCUCCUCCUGAAAAAAAAACAUGGUUAG